AUGACCACCUUCGUGAACGAGCACAUUAAUCAGCUCAACAACUCGCUCUCGACUGCAUUUCAGCUGCAGGAAUAUGCUCAAACAGAAAACGUGUCUAAUCCCGAGGCAGCACUUAGCCAGCACAAUGAUCCCAACCUGUUCCUAACACUCGCAAGCCAAGACAUAGACUUGUCGCGACCAACGCUGCCCAUAGUCGAAACAGUAAAGAAAUAUCUCGAUUUGUAUACCUCGACAAAGGACACAGCAGGAGAAGGCUCAACACUCGAGUGGGCAUUCAUUGCCAAAUGCUCGGUCGCUUUGUAUGGCGAUUUGCUCAACCGUGUGCUCAACUCGACACUUCCACUUUCCGAAUCAGUCAGCUAUUGGAAUAGCGUCUAUGGCAGCUCGCUUAAUGAAACCUAUUAUGCACUUCAAAACCACGUUAUUAGUAGCCUUUUCCCGAAUCGGACGCGUACAAAGAAAGCGAUCCGUCAUUCGCUCGAGUUAUUCUCACCUCAUCGACCGCUAUUAGCGCAACUGAUCCACGAAGAAAUAGGCCACAAAAAGCAAAUGCUCGAAUCACUACGAACGCAACAGGCUACGCGACUUGGAUUGUUAAUGAAAAUGGCACCACAAUUCACACCUGAGCGCAUAUCACAAGAUAUCGAAAGCUGUGUGAACUUGAUGGAGUAUAUCAUGGAGCCAUUUAUUACUGCUAGCAUUCCGAAUAGCAGUGCUGCCAGCACUUCAUCGUCAAUGACAGGACAAGAUGAUACGACUAUUACGCCUCGCAGUACCCCUCAUGCAAUUGCCAAAAGACUCAGCCGAAUGAUCGGUGAACUACCAACCUGCCACGAGAAUUUGAACUCUGUCCACGAGCUUUACCAACCUCCCUCAGCGCUUGUUCGUUAUUGGAUUCCAGGCCUGGUACUAUACAUAGUUGGUAACACAGCCACGACCUAUGUAUAUAAUCGGAGAGAUGCGUUCCUGACAUGGUUUCACGAGCUCGGUAAAACCGCCUGCGAUUUUGCCGUUAAUUGGAUUUGGGAGCCUGUCCUGAAGGUGUGGGAGACGAUUCGUUUAAAGGAUCAACGGCUGGGUGUAUUGAGCAAAGAAGGUCUGCGUAGUGACUUGGAUUCAUUAGAAAGAAUGGUCAUCCAAUUUGCAAGCGAUCAUUAUCAUCUAUCGGAAAGCGACGCUCAGCAGCUAGUUACUGAAGUCCGUGAUGGUGAUUUGUCCGUGGUCCUAAGAGCGUAUGAAAAUGAGAUAAAGCAUCCUUUAAAAAACGCAAUCACUGGCGACCUUAUCCAAACCUUGUUGAUCCAAGUUCAAAAGACCAAAGUUGAUGUGGAUCUGGCCAUGGCGGCUCUUGACAAGCUCUUGAAGUCGAACGAGUUGAACUUUGCCUUCCUCGCUGUCGCGCCAUCUAUGCUGUUGACCUAUGCCUCGUUCUCAUGGCUCAAAAAUUUGUACUCAAAACGUUCAGGAUACCAAGUAGGAAAGAUAGCUAUGCCUAUUCGUGAAGUCAUGCGGUAA